GGCAACACCAACCAACACUCCGUCGGUUUAGAGAAGCUGUGGUAGGCUGUUAUCGGGCAGGACAUGCACAUGCAACCCACACAAAGCCUCUGAAGUUAUCAGAGAGGGAAUUUUGGAAGGUAAUUGGAAGAGGUAGCCUAUAGACGAGCAAGGAAAGAUGCACGUAGUGGGCAGGUGGUCGCGGUUCGGACUGUGUACCUGCUUCAUCUUUCUGAUUGUCACCGGGACGCAAUCCCAGAGGACAGAGGAGAGCGGCGUGUCGCUGCUUCAGCUGAUUGGCGACCCGCCCCCUGAUGAGAUCACCAGGAUCUAUGGCCCAGGUGGUGCCCCGGCAUAUGUGUUCGGCCCCGACGCUGCGGUGGGCCAACCCGCCUUGGCCCACUUCUCCAACCCCUUCUACCGCCACUUCUCGCUGCUCUUCCACGUGAUGCCCGACGCCGCCAAGCCCGCCGUGUUGUUCUCCAUCACAGACCAUUUCCAGAAGUUCAUGUAUGUGGGCGUGAAGCUAAGCACCGUGGAGAGGGGCAGGCAGAGGCUGCUGUUCUUCUACACCGAGCCUGACUCUGACGCCUCGUACCAGGCUGCCAGCUUCGACCUGCCCCCCCUGGUGGGCACCUGGACCCGGUUCUCACUGGCUGUUACUGACGACCAAGUGUCUUUCUACGCGGGCUGUGAUGCGACACCCCAGGUGGUGAAGUUUGAGCGCUCACCUGACGACAUGGAGCUGGACGGGAGGGCAGGCGUCUUUGUGGGUCAGGCUGGCGGGGCCGACCCUGACAGGUUCCUGGGAGCAAUAGCUGACCUGAAAGUUGUGGGGAACCCUUCAGCAGCUGAAAGACUCUGUGAAGACGACGACGAUUCUGACGCUGCCUCUGGAGACUAUGGUAGUGGAGCAGGAGAUGGAUCAAAGACUGACCAAACAAAGGUCUCUUCCUCAUCCCCCAAGCCUGUCCCAGAGCCCCCUCUGACAUCAUCAAAGGGAGCCAAGGUCACAGAGACAGCUGGCAGGAACCGUCAGCCUUCAGUAGGGUCCAGAACCCCCUCCCCAGGUCCCCAAGGCCCCUCUGGUGGGAGGGGGGAGAAGGGGGACAGAGGAGAGAAGGGAAGCAGAGGGGACCAGGGCUCCCCGGGGCCGAAGGGUGACUCAGGGACAAGUUUCAGCUCUGGAUCUGGCUCCUUAUUCAAGGGAGGAGGAGAACGAGGAGAGAAGGGAGACAGAGGCAUUAAGGGAGCCUCAGGGUUUGGAUACCCUGGAAACAAGGGUGAUCGUGGCUCCCCAGGUUCCCCCGGCCCCCCUGGGCCCCCUGGCCCAGCCGCCCAGGUAGUGAGGCUGGGGGAUGGGUCAGUGGUUCAGCCGAUACCCGGGCCCCAAGGGCCGAUGGGACCGCCAGGGGUGGAGGGAACACAAGGACCGCCUGGACCAGAGGGAGAAGCAGGUGACCCAGGAGAAGAUGGGAAAACAGGCCCAGCUGGACCGAGAGGUUUCCCAGGAACACCAGGAAUCCCUGGAAUCAAAGGACCCAAGGGAGAUCGUGGGGAGGGUCACCCAGGCCUCCGCGGGCCCCCCGGUCCACCUGGCCCCCCAGGACCCGCCACAGGAGAUCACCCUACGUUUGUGGACAUGGAAGGUUCUGGGUUACCUGAUCUGGAGAGGUUUAGGGGUUCUCCUGGUCUUCCUGGCCCCCCUGGCCCCCCAGGCGGACCGUGUUCAAGCACAGGUGCCCCGGGAACCAGUGGACAGGUUGCCUUUGGCCCCCCCGGUCCAUCGGGACAGGAUGGGGUCCCAGGGAGACCGGGUUCCCCAGGGCCACCAGGUAGACCAGGUGCUCCUGGACCAAGAGGAGAGAGGGGAGAGUCUGGUAUUGGCCUACCAGGGGCGGUGGGAGCGAAGCAAAGCUCCUACUCUACCAGCGACUUUUUCUCCGGUUUGGUGUCUUACUUUAGCCCCUCCUCAUCCUCCGGUGAUGGGUACCAGGGUUCUCAGGGCAGUUCUGGUGUGGAAGGUACCCCAGGGGUGGGGGGCCGAGCUGGGCUACCUGGACCUAUGGGGCCUGUUGGACCUCCAGGGCCCCCGGGACCCCCUGGACCACCUUACCGUGUGGGCACUCACAACAUGGAAGGUUCCAGUGUGGUCAGUGGUGCUCAAGGAGUGAUCGGAAUACCAGGACCCCAGGGUCCGCCUGGUGUUGCUGGUCUGCCGGGAAGACCUGGAUUCCCAGGGAUUUCAGGGGAGAAGGGAAGUGAAGGACCGAGAGGCCGGGAUGGGACUCCUGGAUUAGAUGGAUUCCCAGGAAAAUGGGGCGAAAAGGGAGAAAGAGGAGUGAAAGGGGAUGUGGGUUUGCCUGGACGGGCGGGAGGACCUCCCGGGCCCCCUGGCUCCCCUGGCCCCCCAGGAGAGAUCAUCUACAGAACCUCAGACAAUUACGAUGGAGUAUAUUCCAGUGGAGGACAGCAGGCUGGAGUUGGUGUCCCUGGUAGAGCAGGUUUCCCAGGGCCCGCGGGACCCAAGGGAGACAGAGGGGAGCCGGGACAGCCUGGCUAUGAUUCUAAGGGCCAGAAGGGGGAGCCUGGUGUAAUCCAGGACAGUAAUGGAAUACCCCGCUAUCUCGGGGGAACCGCAGGAGAACGGGGAGAGAGUGGCCCCUCUGGACCUGUAGGACCUCCUGGUUUGCCUGGUACUAAUGGACUAAAGGGAGAGAUAGGAAUUCCUGGUCGACCAGGUCGUCCGGGACUCAAUGGUGACAGGGGAGAGAAAGGCGACUCAGGUUCUGGUACAGGAUACGGUUACCCAGGUCUUCCUGGCCCCCCAGGUCCCCCUGGCCCCCCUGGCCCUGCUGUGUCUGCGGAGGGGAGGUAUGGUGAUAUUUCACAGUAUUAUCCGGUCUCUAAAGGAGACAAAGGAGACAGAGGACUUCCAGGAAUACCUGGGACACCAGGGCUUACCUCCAACUUUGACAUCUACACCUUCAAGAACGAAAUGAAGGGGGAGACAGGCAUGAAGGGGGAGAAGGGGGAGACAGGCGGGGGAGGGGGCUACUAUGACCCUCGCUAUGGCUACAGUGGAGGACAGGGAUCUCCAGGACCACCGGGCCCCAUGGGGGAGUCAGUCAUCGGGCCUCCAGGCCCCCAGGGCCCUCCAGGUGUCCCAGGGAGAGGCUAUGAAGGGCAGCCUGGGAUCCCUGGACUACCUGGACCCCCAGGUCCUCCAGGAUCAGCUCUGCCUGGGGCCUACAGACCCUUACAGACCAUUAGUAUCCCAGGUCCCCCAGGGCCUCCUGGCCCACCUGGGAACCCUGGCUCCACUAAUGGGGUGACAGUGCUGCGUUCGUAUGACACCAUGGCAGCCACGGCCAGAAGGCAGGCGGAAGGGACCCUGGUAUACGUUCUGGACCAGACCGAUCUCUACCUCAGGGUCAGGGACGGUGUCAGGCAAAUACAGCUUGGAGGCUACAUCCCUCUGCCCCCUGAUCAGGGUAACGAGGUAGCUGCUGUGGAGCCCCCCCCUGUGGUCCACUACGCCCCAGACCAGCCCCCACACUCUGGGACACACCCCUCCUACGGUGAACGGGCCACUGAGGGACCCCUCAGACAGGGAGAGGGCCAGUUCCCGGUGCUACCCGACCCACGGUACCACAACCCAGAAAACCCAGAGACAGGAUACCCAUCCCAACCAGACCCAAGGCACCCCUCCCAUGCAGACCCCAGGUACCCCUCCCCCACUGACCCACGCUAUCCUAGCUACUCGGACCGGUACCAUACGGACAGCAGGCAGCCAGCCCAACCUGCUCAGCCCGAAUCCCCCCACUACCCUCCACGCUACCCAGUGACACCCCCAAAGAGACGCCCCGAGCCCCAGACCCCCAUCCACGACCACACCGCUGGGCAGGCACUUCAUCUUAUUGCCCUAAAUGCCCCCCAAACGGGUACCAUGAGGGGCAUUCGUGGGGCAGACUUCCUGUGCUUCAACCAGGCACGGGCAAUAGGCAUGAAAGGAACGUUCCGGGCUUUCCUGUCAUCCAGAUUGCAGGACAUACACAGCAUUGUCCGUGUGUCGGACCGCGACCGCAUACCCAUUGUGAACCUCAAGGACGAGGUGCUGUUUGACAGCUGGGAGGCCAUCUUCAGUGAUGUGGGAGUGAAAGACAAUGUGCCCAUCUACUCCUUCGAUGGCAGGGACAUCCUCAAGGACAACGCCUGGCCUGAGAAGAUGCUGUGGCACGGCUCGACCAGCGGGGGUCGCCACCAGGUGGACAACUACUGCGAGGCGUGGCGCGUGGGCGAGCAGGCUCUGACGGGUAUGGCCUCCUCGCUGUGGGACGGCGGCCAUCUUCUCCAGCAGAGCCCCAGCAGCUGCGCCAGCUCCUACGCCGUGCUCUGCAUUGAGAAUAGCUACACCGGGCCCUCCAAGAGAUAGGCCUGGAACACGCACUCCACCACACACACACACACACGCGCACACUCACAGCGAGCAAGGAAAUAUAUACACACACACAAAGAGAGGCAGGUGUGCAUACACACACCGCCACACACGCAGAGGCAGGUGUACAUAUUGUACGUGCACUGACAAUCUCACAUACAAACCCCGCAAACAUUUCCAUUUCUCUGUCUGCUCAUUAGAAAUAGUUACUCCAUUGACAUGUCAAGGGCUAAAAUACAUGUACACACACAUUAACACUCAGUAUAUGGUGCUUUGUAAAUAGAGCAAUAGUUUCUUACAGUAUUCACCUCCACUUCCAUGUACUGUACUGUACACUUACUCACAUUCAUCCUCCAGCUGUAGCUGUUUUAGCCACAGACUAGGUUACCAGUGAAUCAGUGACCAGGAUCCAACCCAGGACCCAGUAAGUGCCCAACACUGAGUUGAUGAGGUGAAAUAUAUGACAUUCUGUCCCCCAGCUGGCCAAACUGGGUCACCUCUUGCUUGGUCGCUCUGGGUCUGGAUAAGAAAGAAUCAGAUGGGGAUUGACCUCCUAACCAUCUGGAUUUGGUCUUGUCCUCUCAGUUGGCUCACUCACUACAGCUGACCAAACAGUCUGAACACAAACACACAGGCAUGCAAAUACAGACACAUAAACACCCAUGCAAACUCCUUCAGACAAAGGAGCAAAUACACAGAAACGCAUACAAUCAGACCGACAGACAGAUCUAAACCACCAGAUGCAUUCCAUCUUAAAUGCCCCAGAUGAGUAACAUAAGAAAAUAUAUUUGAAAUUGAAACUUUAUAAAGAGUUGGUUUAAAAGCUUCUCAGUUAAUUUUAAGUUAGAAGAGUUUUAAGUUAGAUGUUUUAUUGAGCAAUGUCUCAUCAACAAGCCAGUCUGGCCUUUGAAACACAGAACUGACCAAUGUCAUUCCACAGUCAUUUAGGCACAUAACUGUAUUUCCAUUCCAGCCAAGCCAAACAUUGCAGUAUUGUAUAUUAACUGUUUCGUUCAUUAUCCACUGUUGUAAUUUUUUUAUCAUUGUCUUGUAAUCUGUACAUUUAACCAAUUUUAGCACUGUUCUUAACCUUGUCUUAUGUAUUUUACUAUUGUAUUUUGCUACUGGACAUUCAAGGGAAAUGGAUAUUUCCAAUAAUGUUGUGAUAAUAACAAUGGAAUAUUUAUUUUUGAUUGACACAAAAGUAGUUUUAAUCACCAUGCUUGAAUAGAAACCAUGAAUAAAGCAGCCUCCAUAGAGACAUAAGAACACUUUAAAUGUCAACCAUCAUAAAACGCAUUCUCAAGAAUUAGUAUUUUUUGUCUUCAUAGUAUUGUCCAGUAAAAUUGAAUUACUUGUAAGAGAUACAUAAUGUUUGUCUUAAAUGCUCUGUAGUUAAACCGUAUCAUACAAAAUGGCAGAUAAAGCUACAGUGUAAACGUU